ACAGAAACAGAAAACACCUGAGCUGCUUCAUUUACAUUACAUUACUGUCACCACCAUACCUUAAUGCCGUGCGUGCUGCCUCAUGGUUGCACUUGUCAACAUGGAGGAAGAGGAGCAGCUGCGGCCCUUCAUGUUCCUGAUGACUUACAUGCUGCUUAAGCGCAGGAGAGACUUAAACAAUGCCAACACUCAGAGGCGCAGUGAGAUCCAGAGACGCAUCAGACAUCGGCAGUACUUCCUCCAGAGGCAGAGGAGGAUGCUCAUGAUGAUGAUGGCAGGAGUAUGCACUCGAAUGUCCAAAUCCGCACACGUCCCUGGACCACCACCCCAAGCACUGAUUGGUGGGAGCGGGUGGUGAUGACAGAAUUCCAGCCCCCUGAUUGGCUGGAUAAGUUCCGAAUGAGCCGGGAGACGUUCUUCUACCUGUGUGACAAGCUGAAGCCCCGCCUGGCUCGCCAGGACACUAGCUUCCGCCUGGCACUGCCGGUGGAGAAACGCGUAGCAGUGGCUCUGUGGCGCCUGGCAUCCAACAUCGAGUAUCGCACCAUCAGCACGCUGUUUGGUGUUGGGAAGUCCACUGUGUGCAGGUGUGUUAGGGACAUGUGUCACGCCAUCGUGGCACUUCUCAGCUCCAUUUACCUGCGGUCCCCCAGUGAGCAGGAGCUGGAAGACUCAGCUCGGCUCUUUCUCUCCAAUUGGGGCUUCCCUCACUGUGUUGCUGUCGUAGCAACACUCCACACAGCCAUCAUCACGCCAUCAAACAACGCGUCCGACUAUGCCAACCCUGCAGGCUGGCUCUCAGUGCUGUCACAGGUGGCUGUUAGUGGCCGGGGGAAAUUCUGGGAUGUAUGUGCCAGUUUCCCAGGUGGCACAGACCCAGCUGAUAUCUUCCAGAACUCAGCGCUGUGGGUCACAGCUGCAGAGGGUGGCUUGUCUCCUUCUUUGCCACCUGUCUUCAUGGGAAAUUCACUUGGGUAUGUGCUGCUGGGGGAGGCCUGCUACCCUCUGCAGAGCUGGCUAAUGAAGGCCUAUCCUGAGGAAAAGGGUAGAGCAGCAGCACAGCACUGAGCGAGCCACAGCAGCUCUUCAAUGGGCGGCUCACCAGAGCGCUGCGUGAGGCUGAGGAGGCUCUGCUAAAACUCAGGGCACGCUGGCAGUGUCUGAGCAAGAGGAACGACUGUGGACUGGACGUGGUGCCCACCAUGAUUCUAGCUUGCUGCAUCCUGCACAACAUGUGUGAGUCCCACGGGGACGUCUUCAAGGCAGAGUGGCAGGGGGAGGUGGGCGAGGCAGAGAGCCCUCAGCCCAGACACAGGCAGGCUUUAUCCAACAGCAUCGACCAAAGUCAGGCUGAGGGAGUCCGACAACUGUUUUGUGACUAUUUUGAAGAAAAGAAUCAUUUAAAAAAAGCUUCCUACACAAAAGACUAAGCUCAGUACAUGUAAUCCAUUACUUGAAGUAUUUGUAAUUUCAAUAUUUUCUUUUCAUGCUAUCUCAUACUUCAGAUCUCAGAGUGGAAACAUUGUAGUUUACACUUCACUACAUUUGCUCUUUAUUGUGUAAUAACUGAUGCAUCUGGAAGGGUCUAAUACCUUUUAUAUGUAGGACACUGUGACUGCACUUUUUUAUUAUUUCUUUUACACUUUCAUUAUAAACAGCAUUUCUGUGUAAAGCAGAAAGAUUUGGAUAGGGAAGUUUGUUGCAUAUCGUGUCAUCUUAUCAUUGAUUCUGUUUGUUUAUAACCAAUGUUUAUAUGUUGUACAAAUGUGUGUAGAAAUGUCGAAAAUAACUGGAAACCAAUAUGAACCACUGGACUUUAUUGAAUGAAUGUAUUGUGAGUAGGUGUAAGAUACAACUCAAAUCUAAGACCACAAGAUGUCACUGGUACCAUAGCACAUGGACACCUCGCUAAGAAUGUGUUUUGUCUGAUGUUGCUUGCAGUAAUAUACAGUUAAUGAUGAA